GUGGCGUACUCCCUUUCUUCUGCUUCGUCUUGUGCUCCUCGUCUCUCUUUCUUUGAUCUCUCUGCUUCGCCGCCCUUUCGUUUGUUCACCUAUAGCAUCGGCGAAAAACUGCCUGCUGUUUUCUGUGUCUCGUCGAUUCCGUCAACGCCCAUAUCCAACGCGUCCAUCUCCGUCGACGGUAUACUCGUUUAGAACCAGUUGUACUACCAUGCCCGCGAGGUAGCGACGACAAAACCCACUCUGUCCCUCAUCUUUCGCUCGUUGAGAAAGAGUUAUCGCUUCCAUCCUUUUUUUUUAUCUUGGUUUCGCAUACUACUUUUGCUCGUGGCAGCCAUGAUGACCCUUCGAUUAACUAAAUCAUAUGUAGGGGCUCUCGGCGCCAUCUUCAUCUUUUUUGUCACCUUGCAACUUAUCAAACGCUCGUCCGAACCGUCGGUACAGAGCGCGGCACAGUCAGUAGGAUGGCGUGACUGGAUGUGGCCGUCUGAAGCGGAAGAUACUACUACAGUCAUCAAGUCGACGCCGCCCAAGUUUUCAAGACCGCCGAAUGUGGAGGGCUCGAUCCCCAAGGAUAUCAAGCUUGAUGCACAGCAAAAAUGGGAAGAGAUGGUACCGUCGGGCUCCACGCCGCCUGCUCCGGAAAAUCACCCCGUGCAGGAAUCGCAGCCAGUGUCAGAAGAACCAGUCGAGUCGGAAGUAAAGGGCGAGGACGAUGAAGAGAAGAUGAUGAAGGAGGCGGACUGUCCUAGCCAGGUGGCAUGGAAAGCGGAUCCGCUUCCGGCGCUGAACACAACCUUCCACGUUCCCGACGAUAUACAUUACAGUCCCAAGGGACCGGAUCCGUCAGAGGUUGUCAUCGUGACGGCGACGGAUGGCAAAGGCCACAACGGUGGUAUCGCGGACAUCCUAUCCCAAACUGCUGCGAACCGGAAGUCCUACUGCCAAUAUCAUGGCUACAACUACCAUUUUGUCAACAUCUCGCAGUACGAGCUUGACGAUGCGCAUCCGGUCUGGAAGAAGAUCCCAGCCAUCGUGGACGCUUUCAACACAUACCCGAAAGCCCAGUGGGUCUUCUUUCUCGACCUCGACGCCAUAAUCAUGUCACCCAAGCAGGAUCUCAACUCGCUUGUGCUUUCGCACGCCGGCAUGAGCAAAGCGUUAGACUUUGGCGGACAGUAUCACGGCAGCGAGUGGACCCCUCUAGGCGUGUAUAUGCCGGAGAUGCACGACGUCAAGUUCGAAGACCUGGACAUGCUGGUCGCGCAGGAUCACAACGGCGUCAACGCGGGAAGUUUCUUCCUGCGGCGAUCCAAGUUUUCACAGUGGUUGCUAGACAUGUGGGCGGACCCGUUCUUCAUGCGCAUGAAUUGGCCGGGCCAAGAGCAGGAUACUCUGCUUCACUUCAUCAAGCACCACAAAGUCUUCAGACAGCACCUUGGCCUUAUCAAGCAGCGCACUGCCAAUGCUUAUGUCGAGGGCAAUGAGGCCAUGAAGUGGCAGCCUGGCGACCUCGUCAUCCAUUUCGCAGGCUGCUGGGUUGAUGACAAGUGCCAGGAGUGGUGGCAGGAGUUCUGGUCUAAGAGGGGCACUCUCACAAGUGAAUCGUACUGAGACUCUACUUCCUCAUCCAUACGUCUCUCGUACAACCUGUGUAAGAGAGACAUAUAUUUCGGGAUGUUCGAAAGGGUAUUUGCGCCUUCAAAACGACGUUGCUGUACAAAACCACGGUAGGUGGGGUGGGGGCGUUUUAAUACGGCAUGUGCUUUUUUUGUGUGGCUUACUUGCACGGAGUUUUGAAAGAUGAAAAUGCUCUUGGGCAGCGAUCUGUUGUCGCGCUGCUGUCAAGAGAAUAGAGCGCAAGCACUUUCUGUAUAUAUGCCUUUUUCUUGAUGAUAUCCCACGCACCUCGAAAUGACGAACGUGAGCUUGUUGACUGUUCGAAGAAGACUGUCCAUUGCUGCCUUCAAUCGUGAAAGGAGCUUGGAGCGGAGGGAUGAUAUCGCGCUAUAAUGCUAGAUAGGAACGCUUCUCUUUGCUCAACUUGCUCUGGGCUAGGGAGAAGAUGCCGGGGGCCUUGUUUUUCGUCAUCAAGUGUUUGUACAGCUUCAAGUUAACUGAAAGUCUCUAGCUUUUCUACGGCAUGGACACUCAAAAGGCCGAGACCUGCAAACUUAGAAUAUCAAUCCAUGCGAUUUGCGCCUGGAAGAUCCACAAUGC